ACGAAGCCCCCCAACUUGACGAGUUUUCCGUUCGUGUUUCCCCGCGAACUCACCAAGCCGCCUCCUUCGUCUCGCCGACGCCGUCGCUUCCGCCGGCCGCCUCUCGUCGCUGUCGCAGCUUAGCCAUGGAGGAGCAACCCCAAGCGCACGCCGCGGCGGCGGCGGCGGCGGCCCGGCGGAUGGAGAGGCUCGCCUCCCACCUACGCCCCGCCGCUUCUCAGAUGGAAGAAUCCCCCCUCCUGAGGGGCUCCAGUUGCCGUGCAAAAGGUGCUGCGCCGGGUUUCAAGGUGGCCAUCUUGGGUGCGUCUGGUGGGAUUGGCCAGCCACUUGCAUUGCUCAUGAAGAUGAACCCUCUUGUUUCUGUGCUCCAUCUAUACGAUGUUGUCAACACUUCUGGUGUCACAGCUGACAUCAGCCACAUGAACACUGGUGCCGUGGUGCGUGGUUUCUUGGGCCAGCCACAGUUGGAAAAUGCUCUUACUGGAAUGGAUGUUGUGAUCAUUCCUGCUGGCGUCCCUCGUAAGCCUGGAAUGACAAGGGAUGAUCUGUUCAACAUCAAUGCUGGAAUUGUCCGGACUCUUUGCGAAGGAAUCGCAAAAUGCUGCCCCAAUGCACUUGUGAAUGUGAUCAGCAACCCUGUCAAUUCCACUGUUCCGAUUGCUGCUGAAGUUUUUAAGAAAGCUGGAACAUAUGACCCUAAGCGUCUUUUGGGGGUGACAACACUUGAUGUAGUGAGAGCCAAUACUUUUGUGGCAGAAGUUCUUGGACUGGACCCCAGAGAUGUAAAUGUUCCUGUCGUUGGUGGGCAUGCAGGAGUAACGAUAUUACCACUCCUUUCACAGGUGAACCCUCCCUGCUCAUUCACCUCAGAAGAGAUUAGUUAUCUCACCAGUCGCAUACAGAAUGGUGGGACAGAAGUAGUUGAGGCUAAAGCUGGAGCAGGGUCAGCAACUCUUUCGAUGGCGUAUGCGGCUGCCAAAUUUGCAGAUGCUUGCUUGAGAGGAUUACGCGGUGAUGCUGGGAUAGUGGAGUGCUCUUAUGUAGCUUCUCAGGUGACAGAGCUACCUUUCUUUGCAUCCAAAGUGCGGUUAGGUCGCUGUGGCAUUGAGGAGAUAUUAUCACUUGGUCCAUUGACUGAGUCUGAAAGAGCUGGACUGGAGAAGGCAAAGAAGGAGCUGGCUGAGAGUAUCCAAAAGGGGGUAGCUUUCAUCAGCAAGUGAGGCCAUCUUGGAGUUGCCCCAAGUUCAACAUGGAAACACACAAGCUGCGUCUUUGCUUCCUGUGAAGAGUACCUUAUCAUGUAAAGUUUGCCUACAUGAUAUAUGAUCUAUAUAUACGGCUGUAACAGAUGCAAAAUAAAAUCGGUUAAUAAAGUUCCUUCUGAAUAAAAGGAACAUCCUUCUCUGAUCUCUGCCUUGUUAAAUGUUAAUUAAAUUUCCCCGGUCAGUGAACAAUAUCAUCAUCAGGUGUUAUUUGAUCUUGUGAUGACACUUCUAUAUUACAGAUAGAAUAAAGGCGAGGAUAGUUUUUACAUAUCAAGUAACCAAGUGGUGACAGAGAUAUGUAACAUAUAUUAUAUAUUCAGUGUGCCAUGCACAGUUAGGAUCUGUGGAUUGUUUGUUCAUGCAUGUACCAA